UAUCGACGUGUGUCAAACAAAUGUCAAGUUUCCAGAGAGAAAAUGACGCUGCUAAAUCUCUGUUACGGAGGCUCGAGUUUGCAGUUACUCCCAUCGUGUCCGGGGACUUCAGUCACCACCGGGACAGAGCGGCGAUGGCAUCCCGGGUCUCCUUCACCCAGAGCCGGCUGGAAACGGAGCUGGAGCGCUGCCGGGCCGAGUGCCAGUGGGACAAGUUGCCGAUGAUCAUCGAGCAGAUGCAGGCUGCGAGGUUCCACGAAGACGAUGAUUACGGGACCCUGCUGACGGCCGAGGCGCUGCUGGAGGAGUGCCUGCAAGACAACAUGGACCUAUUGCGGCGCGCCACACCUUUGAGGGAAGAAACCCAGCCCAGGCUGAGCAGGGCCAAAGGUCACCUCAACACCAUCCUGAGCCGAGGCCGCCUCACGCCGCGGUACUUGAAUGAAGCUCUGCUGUUGAUGGCCAAAGUGCAUUAUGUGCAAGGCCGCUACUGGGACGCUCAGGGAAUGUGUGCCAGGGUGGGCCUGGAGGAGCUGACACUGAAUGACCAGCCCACAUAUCACCUGCGACUGCUGGCUGAGGCGUUUGUCAUUAAAGGUCUGUCUCUGGACCACCAGACAGUUUCUGCUGGGUCGCGGAUUCGUCUCUUAGAAAGGGAAGAGGAGAGUCUGUCGUGUUACCUCCGGGCCUGCGAUGCUGCUCUGUCUUUCCUGCAGGAGCUCGAUAAGACAGUAACGAUGCCCCAUGCCAAGACUGCCAAAGCCAGUCUGUUUCCUCCCCUUGUGGACAUAGACCUGGGCUACUUUCUUCAGGCUGCGUUACAGAGUGCUUACCUUUGUCUGCUGCACAGGGGUCAUCUUGCGCAGGGUGCUCACCAGCUCCGUAGGGUGCUCAGGGUGGUGGAGUCACGAGGGUCUCAGAGCUUCAGGAAGGCUGCAGCAAGGAAGUUAGCAGAGGUGCUGCUGAGCUCAGUGAGUGAAGACAGCUACUGGCCCCCACUCGGCACCCCACCCUCAGCCUGGCUCCACAGAGAGGGAGCCGCUGCCUCCAAAGACGUCAUCUACCCCACUGUUAAACCACCACAGCGAUACAGCAUGGAGGGUUGCUUCUGUCCUCAGGACGUGGUGGAGGAAGCUGUGUUGCUGCUGCUCAUCACAGAGUCAAUGGCCAGCGGGGACGCGGUGAUCAGUCGUCUGCCUGACCAGGCCGAGGCUCGUCAGGCCAGUCUGCAGGAUGCCACCUCUGUCUAUGAUCUGCUCACCAUAGGCCUGGCCAGGAGGGGGCAGUAUGCCAUGCUGUCUGAGUGUCUGGAGCGAGCCAUGAAGUUCUCAUUCAACGAGUUUCACCUCUGGCACCAGUUGGGCCUGUCACUCAUGGCAGCCGGGAAGGGUGUUGGUGCUGUGUCUGUAUUUAAAGAGUGUGCUAGGAUGAGACCUGAGGACCCAUCCCUGCCCCUGUUGGCUGCUAAAAUUUGCAUCGGUCAGCUGCACUGGUUUGUGGAGGCAGAAGCUCUGUCUCAGAGUGUGGUGUCCAUGGGGGAGGAAGCUGGAGAAUUUCUACCCAAGGCCUACUUGGCUCUGGGACUCUGCUACAGUCUACAGGCCUCUGAUGCUUCCCUCAAAGCAGAGCGGGACGAAUUCAACAAAAAAGCACUUCGGGCUCUGAGCAAAGCUCACGCAUUAGACCUUCUGGAUGCUCAGAUUGCUAUGUACUUGGCUCUGCAGCUGGCACUCGUACGCCAGGUAUCCGCAGCCAUGGAGCCCCUGCAGGCAGCGCUCUGUCUUCAUGGGGACGACUUGCACUCCCUCCACCUGCUGACCCUGCUGCUCAGCGCCCAGAAACACCACCGUCAUGCCUUGGAAACCCUGGGCCUGGCCCUCAGCCAGCACCCCGACAACUUCAAUUUGCUGUUCACAAAGGUGAAGCUGGAGGAGGCCCUGUUUGGUCCGGCCACAGCUCUGCAGACCUGUGAAGUGAUGCUGCAGCGCUGGCAGAGCUGCUAUGACGUCGGUCGCUCCAGUGAGACAGAUGACAGCAGCAGCAUACCGGUGGCUGAAAGGGCAGAGGUCAGCCCCGGAGGCAGGAAAUCCUCCAUCCACCUGACCCUGCCUGACUUCCAGGACACAUCCACUGGUUCACUGAGUCCGUCGUCAGUUGCACUGUCUCGCCUGGACGCGGCGCUCUCUGAGGUGUCGGACAUUAGCUCCUCCCGCCGCCAAGGACCCGCCUACAUCUGGACCACGCUGGAACACAUCUGGCUGCAGGCUGGAGAGCUGUUCAUGGCAGAUGGACGGCUAAAGGAGGCCCAGUUCUGCAUAGCUGAGGCAAGCGCGAUCUUCCCCAACUCACACUCGGUGCUGCUGCAGCGGGGCCGCCUGGCCGAGCUCCGGGGCCAACUGGACGAAGCCAAAGGCCUGUACAAUGAAGCUCUGGCCAUCCAUCCCACAGGAGAGCGCAUACUGGUGCACAUGGGUCGUUUGCUUGUGAAAAGUGGGCGUGUCCACCUUGGCGAGAAGGUCCUGCGCGACGCAGUCCAGGUCCACAGCACCUCACACGAGGCGUGGAGCUGCCUGGGCGAGGCUCUGCAGUCUCGAGCUGCCGGCCAGGCCCCCGACUGCUUCUUAACAGCACUGGAGCUCGAGGCGUCUUGUCCCAUCCGGCCUUUCACCAUCGUCCCCAGAGAGCUAUGAGGGGUCUGGGCUGUGAUGGUGGUCUCAGAUAAAGUUAAUAUUAAUUGCACUGUCAAUGUGUGCUAGUUGGGACAAUGUUCCUCAGAUGAAUAGUUUGACAUUUUUGGAAAGAGAAAACGGAUACCACUGGGAAAGAGUUUUUACUGCAUGAACUGUCUGAAUGUGUAGUUUAACUAGUGCGACACCAGCAUCUCAGGCUUCAACUGACUCAGAAUCACAUGCAUGGCACUUUGCCUUGUGUAGCCUCUCUUUUGGCACGGCUGUCUUUAGGCAUGUUGAAGUGGCUCAUUUAGCAAUAUGUCUCUCACAUUUCUACCACACUGCACACACUGGUGCACUCAGUAAGACCCCUGCCAAGUUUAAAGCCAGUCAACUGACCCGUUUGACAGUUGCACGAUUAACAGCGAGACAGAUGGAUUGAAAGACUAGGUCAGCAACCUGGUUUCCAUUCAAAUUCAUGGCAAAUCUUAAAUGUGUGAUAUUUCUUUCAAGAGUAGACGUUUUGUAAUAGGACAUGAAAGACGUUAUGUUUCACUUUGACUGUUAAUUGUGUUAUUGUAAGUGUGUGUGUGUAUCACUGUCAGACUUUAAUUUAUUACAGUAAUACUUAAGCUGUACAUUCCUAGCAUCUCCAUGUAGGGAUGUCCCGAUCCGAUUUUGUUAUCGGAUAUCUGUCCGAUAUCAGCCAAAAAACGAGUAUCGGAUUAUAUCGGACUGCCUCUAAAAUCUCUGAUAUAAGCGCUCCGAUACAAGCAGCCCAUUACUCUCCAGCACUUCUAUCCAGCAGCGCUCGUUGUGAUCACGUGGUAGGUAGCCGUUAGCACCACGCUAGCUCACGCUGAGGCGAGCUGCUAAAACAACAUUAUUUUAUAAACCAGCGCCACCUGUCGACUUCCAACAGCCUCCGUUUGUUAAUUAUACCCCCAAAACCAGCCAUGCCAAGAGCCUUCUGUGUUUUAAAUGUGUCCUGAAGCUCCACACAAGGAGCUAAGUACGUCUGCGGGCCGGUCCCCGGGCUUCGGGUUUACCUGCGGGACGAGUCACUCACAGUGUGUGGGUUGGGCUAAUCCAAAAUAGUGAAAACAAGGGGGGUGUUCUCUGAAGACACUCUGUUACCUGUGAAACUAGGGUGCUCUGCAAACACCCCCAUUAGCCCUUGGUACUUUCCUCCUGAUGAAAUUCACUGUAGACUGUAUGAAAUUAACAUGGCAAAAAAACGAAUAUUUUCAUGAUGAAGGUUAAAAUUGAUGUAACCCAUUGGUUAAUAAUAAAUGGUUCAGUUUUUCUUAUACCCACUGAUGCUGACUAUUGUUCUCUGUUGUUGUUAAUAUUGUUAAUAUCACUUGAUCAAGCCUAUUCUAACAUUCCACACUACAAAAUAAGCAAUUCAAGUAUGUAUGAUUUGUGCUGAUAUCGUAUCGGAUCAAUAUCAGUAUUGGCCAAUACUCAAGGCUGCAAUAUCGGUAUCGUAUCAGAAGUGAAAAAGUUGUAUCGGGACAUCCCUAUCUCCAUGUUGGAUGGAAACGAUCAGGAUUUUUGCACAGACAUAUGGGGAAAUAAUAUUGUUAUAAGGUCUGAAUCAACGUACAUCUCCCAUGGAGUUUUAGGUUGUGUAGUGUUUUCUUUCACAGCCAAUGGCAGGUGACGUAAUGUGAGUAAUAAUCAGAACCACAGUCAAUCACAGUGAUGUCCUGUUUGUGUCUGGGGGGGUAAAAUGUAUGUUGGAUUAUGUACAGACGCUCCACUCCAUCUUAAAUCUUGAAUGUCUUUUUUUUUUGAUUGACACAGCUUGUAUGUAUAUUAUUUAUAUACAUGUACACCAUUUUCACCCAGCUAGAAGAGACAUUCACUGAUCAUUUCACGUGUGUGUUUCCAUACAGUGUGUCUUUACAUGUUGCAUCACAAUGUGUAUGAGUGUUUAUUGAAGACCAUCUCUCUUGGG